AUGGCACAGACCAUCACAAGGUCAGCCGAUGGGGUUCCACAGUAUGACGGAACGCCAGAGCUUUUGCCGCUGUAUCGAGAAGAGUGUCUUCAGUACCUGAUGACAUUUGAACACAAGAAGCGGUACUUGGCAGCUCCACGUUUGGUGAAAGAAUUGCAUGGUGUGGCCAAGACGGCAGUUAGGGGCAUGACCAACCGUGAUCCUCAGUGGGUGGCCCAUCCUAGAGGGGUUUACCAAUUGUUGGACCACCUUGAGUCUGUUGUGUCACGCCCUAGCUUGGUGGAGGCAUCCCGUUUUGUGAUGAAGUUCUUUUACCAGAUGUCUAGGAAGAGUGGAGAGUCAAUGACUUCCUGGGUUGGCCGGCACUCGGAAGCUUUGUGGGAGGCGUCGCAGUCUCUGAGGAAGGUUCAGAAAGAGUAUGGGCCGAGUGUGGCACGCCAGGUCUAUUACCCCCAAGGAUUCCAAAGAUCGUCAGAUUCCAGCAGUCAGACUGGCAGUCGGUCAGGUGAGAGAGUGAAUGCAGAUCCAGGGCCUUUCACGGACGAUGGGAGGCUACAACAAGAGGAUGAUGAAAAUGAGCCCCAUGACUACGAUUACUGGCGUAGGGAAAGUUGGGAUUGGACUGGUUGGUAUGGGCAUGGCUCGAGCUGGACCUCAUGCUCGUGGAGAGAUGAUGCCUAUGAACCUCCCACAGAGUGGGACACUAGCUCAGAGAUCUUCAUUCCAGAAUUCCUUGCAGGAUUUCUGCUACUGCACCGGAGCCGCUUGGACGUCAAUGAGCGGGCUAACGUGCUAGCAGCGAUCAAAGGGGAAUUCUCCAUUUCGGCAGUUGAGAAGGCUCUUCGUGAACAGUGGGCUGACCAGGACUUAGCCCGCAGGGACAAGUUGAAGCAGAACUCUGCACUGAUUGCCGAGGAAGAUCUUGAGGAUGAGGCCUUAUUGGCCGAUGAAGAGAACCCUGAUGUCACCGACCUUGAUGAAGAGACCCGGGAGGCAUACUACCUGGAGCAAGAAAAGAUUGAGGAGGCCAUGGAGGCCAUCAAGGUGCAGAAAGCCACCUUGAAAGAAGCCAGGUGGAAGCAGAAGCAGAUGAAGCUCUCCCGGAACUUCUACCCAAGGAAACCUUUUCCUCAUGGAGAUGGACCGCCAUCUUCUCGUCGUGGCAGCCAGGAUGGGGGCUGUUUUCGGUGUGGCAGCAUGACACAUCGGAUUGCCCAGUGCCCAAUGAAGACUGUUCGAAAGGAGGCACAGGUUGCGUUUGAGGAGACAGCUCACAUCGCCUUUUUCAGUGAAGAGUGCAACAGGGCCCAUGAGAAUCUGUGUGGUGAGGAGUCAUUGCUGGGAGAGACAUCGAACACGGUGCUGAACUCAUGCAUGGGUGUGAUUGACUCAGGAGCCACUUCGUCUCUGGGAUCCGUAGAGGCACUUGAGAAGGUGCUUGAUGAGAAUCGUCGACUCUCAUGCCAGAAUGUGAUUGACAUUGAUGUGUCUCAGAGGCCAGCGUUCCGUUUUGGGAAUGGCGCUACGAAGGAGUGUUUGAGCACAGUGCGGUUUGGACUGGAGGCCGGGAAGAAGUCGGGAACUAUGGAAGUUCAUGUACAUGACUCACCAGGACAACCAAUCUUAGUGAGCCGCAAAGCUUUGCAGUCGUUGGGUGCAGUCAUUGAUUUUAGCAAUGGCACUGCUAUCUACAAACAUGUGGAUCCCAACAGCGUAGUGACCUUAGAACGGGCAGAGAAUGGCCAUUUGCUGAUGCCUCUGACAGGGAACAUUGUCCACAAUGUGGACGACAACUGGACAGUGCUUCAGAUGAAGGCAUUGUACUCCGAGGUGAAAGAGCAGCCAUCGGAGAAGGAGACUCGUCUGAACAGUCUCUACAGCAUCGCCAAGGAGAAACGUUCGGACCUGGGUAUGCACCUCAGUCAGGACCUGGGAUUGGUGGUCAAUUCGAAUGCGACAAAGGCUCAGAUGGUUGCCUUGGCCGAGAAGAACAUCUUGGAGAGGUUCGAGCCGGAGGGCACCGACAAGAUGGGUUUUGGCCAGUAUGCGGCCAAGACGAUGGACGAGGUAGUGAAGGACCACCCCACUUAUGUCCUGUGGGCAAAGCAGAUGAUGGAAGAUCCGGAGGAGGUCGGUUGGAGGCUGAAGAGAUUCGCUCGAUAUGCCGAGCAAGCACAUGCCAAAGGGAAAGUUGCUGCUACCAUCAACGUGACCAAGGGUUACCAGAAGCCUUCAGAGAGCAGCAAGAGUUCGGACAGCAGCUUCUCCGUGAUCACCGCCAACAAGGUGGGAGAGGACCAGACAUUCGACCAGAAAGACGAGGAGUUGAUGGCACUUCGUCAGGAGCUCGAAGAAUUGAAGAAGGAGAAGGAGGAUCAAGACCGCACUCUAGCACGCAGCAAGAACCGCAAGGCCCGCAGAAAUCCCUUUAGUGAUCAAUGGAAAGAUCUGGUUCAUCAUGGGAGACCUUUGUUGAUGGAAUUAGCUUGUUAUGAGAACAGCAUCUUGAGUAAGGAGACCAUUCAAAGGAGGGUUGUGAAUUGUUUGAGUGAGAAUGAAGCUUGGUCCCAUGUUUUACAAGAGCUACAAGGCUACGGUAACGAGGUUUUGGUUGGAGAAUUGGUGGAUGAGCCAGAGGGUGCGGAAAUUGAAGGCAUCACAGCAGCGGAGAAACAUGACAUUGAGCGAAAGAUCCAACACAUCCACAAGAACACUGGACAUGGCAGCAUGAAAUCCCUCAUUGCAGCACUGGAGGCUCGAGGUCGUUUGCUGCGGGCAGCUCCAGAGCAGUUGAGACAUGCGUCCCAACGAGAGCAAUGGAUUGAGGAACUCAAAGGACCUGUGGAGUUACCAUGGACUAUCACCUCUUUAGCUUCUAGUGGGGUCAGAAGAGGGUACAUUGAUAUUUCUCAUGAUAUCCCCGAAGAAGAUGUGUGGAUGGAGUCUCAUGAUGUUCCCCCGGAAGAACCCAAUUUGGACGAUGAUAUCCCCCAGAAAAGAAUGAGAGUUAAGGGUCCGGGUAUUUGGGCGUCCACAAAUCCUGUCUCCGGACAGCAAGAACAGAGUAGGACUGUGAACCCUGGCUCCGGCCAGCAAGAUGGUUCGGGUACCUUGGCAUCUGCAAAUCCUGUCUCCGGACAGCAAGAAAAGAGUAGGACUGUGAAUCCUGGCUCCGGCCAGCGAGAUGACAAACGGAGUUCGCCAUUUGACACUGGAAGUGGUGCCAGCGGAAGCCGUCGUAGGUUGCAUAGCCCCAAAGAUGACGAUCUUUUUGUGGAAGACAUGUCAGUUGUUCAGAUUGAAAUCCCCCUUCCGGAAUCCAAUAGAGGUUGGAAACGAUUUUCUGGGAAUCCCGAAGCUUUCAUGUGUAGUAAACUGAAAAGAAAACAAGUGGAAGUGAGAGAGAAGAACUUGACUGAAAAAGAGGCUCAGGCCUUCAAUGAGGCAAAGGCAAAAGAGGUUAGGAAUUUUCUGGCUGCCGAGUGUUUUCAGUUGUGUAAGGACCGGAAACCCAAAGAGUCUGAUGUUGUGGGUAUGAGAUGGUUGUUGACUUGGAAGGGUCAAGAUACGGGUAACAGUGAUGGUGAGAAACGCCCCAAAGCUAGAGCUAUUGUUUUAGGAUAUCAAGACCCCAAAUAUGAAUCCCGUGAAACAUCAGCACCAACCCCAACAAAGGCUGGCCGUCAGUUAUUCCUGCAAUUUGCUGCUUGGCGUCGGUUCCGAGUGGCAAAAGGUGAUAUCUCUGGAGCCUUCUUGCAAGGGCUCGACAUGGACGAGGAACUCUGGGUGAGGCCUCUCCCAGAAAUCACCAAGGAGUUGAAAGUUCCUCCGGGAACUCCGAUGCUGCUGAAGAAAGCAGCGUAUGGUUUAGUCCAAGAUUUGGAGGAGAUUCCAAUCACCAGAGAUCGUAGCAAGAUGUUGGAAGACAAUACCACUGAGAAGGAGAAAAGUUUGUUGAGAGAAGGGAAGGAGGCAGAUGUGUCGCCAGUUUUCUGGCGAGCGAGCAAAGUGGAGAGGGUUUGCAGAUCUCCGGCUUGUGCCGAAUGCAUGGCAGCAUUGGACGGAGAGGAUGACUUGGUGUUCCUCCGGUUUCUCUGGGCAGAGAUGCAAGGUUUUUCAGUUGACCCACGGUAUCCUAGUUUGGGUGCAAGGAAAGUCCCUGGGAUGCUGAUUACCGAUGCGAAAAAUCUGUUUGACAAACUUCACCGACCUGCUGUCAUUGUAAAGGGUGCUGAGAAGCGGAGUACUAUUGAGGCCAUUUCCCUUCAAGAACAUUUGAUUUCCAGUGAUACGGAGAUAAGAUGGGUGAAUGGUGAUAGUAUGAUUGCGAAUUCCCUGACCAAACCAAGUGAAAAACACCAGUUCUUUCUGUUUAUCAACUUGGGUUUUCGUUGGAAGAUUACCUAUGAUGAACUGAUGAGGAGUGCCAAAGUCAGGAAGCAACAAGGCUUGGAACCUUUGCAGUCCAGCACCAGCAGCACACCACAAAAUCACCAGCAACCACAUCAGCAACCUCUCACCUACCAUCAACACCUACAAGAGAUGUACGACGAUGAUGAUGUUUGUUUUUGUGUUCGGGACCCGCUUUCGGUGCCUUCGCUUUGGCCUCGCUUUCGGCGCGACGGGAUCCAAGGCACGGGACAAUUUUACGACGGGUAUGGGACGCCAUAG